AUGCACACUGCGGAAGGUUCAAUAGAAGUUCCAGAUCAAGUCUUGGAAUGGCUGUUCAGAGUAUUACAACCUAGCUAUCAGGAUCCAAGGACUACCUUUCAUGACGUUGUUAGGGUACUAUCAGAGUUUCAUAACCUCAGGCCAAGGACAAGAGUUUACACCGGUAAAACAGGGAAAUCGGCAUUGUUAUUAUGUAUCUAUGGUAAACUUAGGGGAGUCGAUGUGCUAAUAUGGAUACCAACUGACUAUCCUAACGGCAGUCCAGAAGUUUGUAUUAAUUUGGAGGCAAUAAAUGGUCAGCAAUUGCAAGUCAGUCGGUAUCUAUCCCCUGAGGGUGUUUUCUAUCUUCCUAUCCUUGCUCGGUGGAAUGCACAUGAAUGCAAUGUUCUGGCAGUUAUCUUCGAUUUAAUGUCUGUAAUAGAUUCAAGUUUCCCACUGAGGAAUGUGGAAUCAACUGAUGAUAAGGCUCCUGCAAUCCCCGAGCUACCCCCGAAAGUUUUAUCAGCCAGUGAUACGCCUAGUAAGGCUGCAACCCCCACCCUCCCCCCAAAACCUCCAAAACGGCCUGGCAAUGGAACUAGCAGUGAGCCCUCAUCAAUGAGGAGAAGUACUAAUGUUGGUAGUGUUGAAAAAGGAUUUGAGUCUUUGCGUAUAAAUUCUGCGGCAAGCUGGCAGCCUCCACCAAAAAGUGCUGCAAAAGGGACUGAGUUUCCCCGCCAGGAACCCAAGUUACCUAAUUGGAUGGACGAAGACUCUCUUCUGAAGAGCACCGACAAUAAGCAUCAUCAACUAUUACAGGAAUUACAGAAUACCAUCGAUCAUCUCGCUACGACAAAGAUCGCUAACAGCAAGAGUGAGUGGGAACGUCAGUCCUCAGUUAUUAAGAACGCUCUUGACCAGUUUGGAAUUAUCUACAAGCACGAAUCCAGUUCUCUGCAUAAAAUACGUAAUGCUAUAAAGGCAAACAGCAAGAUUAUAAGAGACGAAAUCGAGGUUCUCGACCAAGAAUUACAAAAAGCCCGCUCCUUUACUGAGAAGCAUGGCAGUGAGGGUUUUGAUAUUAACAUAGCCAUUCAGUCAGAAACUGUCGCACUGAAUCAACUUUAUGGCUUAACAGCGAGAGAUUAUGCCAUUUCUGACGCUAUUCAACUCCUAACUCAUAUGUUAAAUAAAGGCAGCCUAAGCCUAGACGUUUUCAUUAAACAGACCCGUUCCCUAGCCAGAGAACAAUUCCUGACUAGAGUACACAGAGCCAACAUUCUGAAGUUGUUGGACUGA